AAAAAGUAUUUUUUGUGAAAAUGAGUACAACGGAGUUGUGGUUCGACGAUUCAUCGGACGAUGAAAGAUUAGUGGAACUAGCUAGAAGUAGAAAACAGUUGAGGGACGCAUCCAACCCCCUAGAAAUGGCUUCCACUGAAUUUUUAAAGAACUUUAGAUUAUCUAAAGAGGCGUUGGUGAACCUACUGUCCAGUACAGAAAACCAGUUGCAGCAGUGCACCCGAGCCAAAUUGAUUCCAAAUAUUUUAAAGCUAGACACAGUUCUGCGAUUUUGUGCUCAGGGAUCGUACCAAUUGAGUAUUGGUAAUGAAGAUAUGCUAGGACUUGCUCAACCCACUGUGUACGAUGAUGCUGAAGAUAUUGAAGUGGAGUCAAAUAACGGAGAAGUAGAAAACAUAAGAAAUGAAAUUUUGAGAAUAUUAUAGAAAAAUCUAAAAAGUAUUAAAUAGAAAC